CGGUUGAUUAGAAUAUAACUUUAGUCAACAGCGCCAUUGUUUUGCUAACGCUAACGCUAACCUUACCAAAUGAGAGACGUAGCGGGCUCGCCAUCGUUUGCACGAUGAUGUGUUGUCGGGCGACUUAUGAUCUUAAUGUUUAGAGAGACAAAUGCCUCCUGGGAGCUAAACGAGCUGGAGCAGUUAUUUAAAACAAAAUGUUAGCUAACGUUAGCUAAGUUAACCGUUAGCAUAGCAUCGAUUGCUGCUGGAAACCGUCGUACAACAUUAACUGCCUUUGGAAGAUAAACUUAGUUAACAUUUGCGUUAGUUAACUUAAAUGGAGACGGGAUACUCUAACCUGAGGAGACCAAAGAGGAAACUCUGCUAUCUCACAAACAAGACCAGUCCACCCAAAAAAUGGUCGGAACCUCUGACAUUGGAUGACAUUGACAAGAUGUUUGAUGACUUGGAUCCAUCCUCACAUGUUAAAGAUGACCUGUUGCCCUCGUCUAGUCUGCUUCAGACCUUUGAUACUGAGCCAAACCAGUGUGGGAGACCGGUUUCACCGCUCCCACAGGAAGGACAUCUAACAGAAAGAUGCCAAAUGGAUCCUAAAGGUGAUUCACUUCAUCCUGCAUCAGCACCCAGUCCUAAACCAGCAAUUGAUUUGGACGUCCCGUUUAAAGCACACAUGCCAGUGAAGACAUCCAGCCCUAUUGAAGAGAAGAUGGUUGUUGAAGAGUUGGACAAUGAAAAGGAUCAUGUUGUAUCCCCAAUUCUCUUUGCCUGUGACGAUGAAGCAGCAGCAAAGACGGAGCCUCUGCUCCUCCAAGGACCCCAGUGCAAUGGGCACGGCACAGAGCAAAAUCCUGACUAUGUGUUUGAGUCUCCUCCAAGCAAUGUUGUUUUCAACAAACCCAAGAUAUCCAGUCAUCGAAACAAGGUAGUGGGAUUGAGCACAGAGACUCUCACAGUCAAAGAAAAAAUCCUCCCGAAACCCCAAACAUCUGAUUUUGAGGGCCAACAAAAAACACAGAGGCAAGAAAGCAGAGACCCACCUGCAUCCGCAGUGAGACGGGAACCUGAACUGGCAGCUCCCAAGAAGACAUCUGAAAAUGACAUGACCGCCUUUCUCAUGAAGCUUCGAGAUGCUGGGCAGCCCAAAGCCACAUGUUCCAGGAAGACACCAGUGAAAGUUCCCACUCCUUCUGCUGAGCCAGAGGAUGACUUCCUCAUUCUGGAGGAUGAAAAACCUCUUUGGUUUUCUAUCCCGACUAAAACUGCCACAAGAAAAAAACAGCGAGAGGGGAGAACCUCCAGCUCCGACAAAGACAGUUCAACAGACAAGAGCAAGAAGGAUAGCUCGUUAGAGACGGCACAAAAACGGCAGGAAUCUGAACAGGCGAAGAACACACUGGGAAGUCAGUCCGUCCGUCAGAGAACCAACAAGUCGAAAGGGGGAGAGAAGAAGAAUAAGAAGAUUGCUGAGCCCGGAAGCGAUAAGGAAGGACUGCCCGGUCUUGAAGACCUUCCUGAAGGCGACUUAAGGUUUGAAGAGCAACCAAAAGAAAAGCAAGGGAAGAAAAGAGCCACAUCUAAAGGAAGUGACAAGGAGCAAGAAGAGCAACCGAAGGACAAAGCCGGCGGGGAAACACACAAAGAAAAAGCCCCCCGGAAGACGGAGAAGAAAGCUCCGAAGUCUGUAAAAUGCGAGAACGAAAACGCAAAGACGAGCCGGGCUGAAUCAUUAAAGCGGGGCAGGAGGGGGGCGCACGGAUCCGCCGCCGUGAAACAGACGACGAGCGACGAGGCCCAGAAGGAACAAAGCCGGGGCAGUGAGGAGCACGCAGAGGCUGAAGACCUGGGCUCUCCUCCAGACGCAGAAAUGAUGAAUUCUGACGCUCAAACAGAAAAUUAUGUUGCAGAAGAAAAGGACAAAAUGAAGAAACUCCCUGUUGCGUCCAAAGAGACUUCGUCUGAAGAAGAUGUGAUUCAUUGCAAAAGGAAGAGGAGGCCGGUCGGACAGUGGUGGGCGAACCAACAGAUCACAGAGGAAACGAAGCCUUCAGACAGCCGGCCCACUUCCAAGAAGUCAAAGCAGCACAACCAGCAGCCUGUAAAGACAAAGAAGGACCGAGUUCUAGAGAAAAUAAACCAGAUCCAGCCAUCCACCCGGAAGCCAAAUAAAUCUAAAGGCAGGGAAACUAAACAGAGCAAAAUUAAAAACACAAGAGAAGCCAGUCGACCAGAUAAAGUUUUCCAAAAGAUUGAGAAAGAGCCGCAGGCCCAGGAUGGACCGUCCAGCCCGUUGGACCUCUCCCAAAGAGACCCCAGCUGUAACUUGGGGGAUCAGAUAUUUCAGAGAGCGUACCACAACUCCUGGAAUGAAAAACCGUGCACCACCCCGGCGUCCGUCUCUGCCGGAGGGCGCCGGGAGCAGUUCAGGGCAGCGGAGUCCGAGAGGCGGAGCAGGAAGCCUCCCGGGAACUGGUGGCAGGUUGGUGACGUGUGUGAGGAAGCCGAGGGCGUCUCCCCCCGGCCGCAGGGGCCUGAACCUGCUAAGGAGAGGAAAAGGGUGUCUAAACGGAGAAGCAGAGCCCCCCGACUCGGGACUCCCAAAAACGGCAACACGGCGGCCUCGCGGAAACAACGAGGGGGAGCCGCCGCGCCUCUUCUGGCGACUCCAAAGGCUGCAGUCUUCCUGGCAGCUGUUAAAGGCCUACUUGCCCCGGCCACGGCCCCCAGGAGGGAGGCGGGUCGGACGAGCAGACGCGGAGUCGCUGCUCCUCCUGCCGAGGACGCCGUCUGCACGGUGUUCAGCGAUGGGGACUUACUCGGUUCGGCUGCCGUUGAACUCCAAAGCUCACACGACCAAUCGGCCAACCGCGAGGCGCCGCACGGCAGCAACUGUCAUUCGGAGAACCAGUUACAAUCCGUCAGAAGUGGGCCGUCCUCCAUGAUUGAGCUGAUAGAGUAUGAGGAGGACGAAGACAACUUGAUUUUUAUGCCGGACAGGUCGCCCGCUGCUCUCUCUUUAUCAGAUCUGUGUGCUCCUCCUCUCAAGCCGUUGAUCCUACAGCCGAAGGACAAAGACAACCUGACGGAGUGGUUUAGGAGUCUCUGGUCUGUUCCUGUCGACAAAGGUGGAGAAGUCUCUCCAGACCAGUUUGAGUGGUACUUCCAUCAAGGCCGAGCUAUUGGCUUCGUGUUGGACCUGAACUGUGGCUCCUUCUGUAAUGGAAAGAUCCUGCUGGGCUCCUACAUGAAGAAGCCUCUGUGGGUGGAUCACAGCGCCACAACAGUUUUUAACUUAUUAACAAGCUCUGUGAGUGUAACCAUCGACGGCAAGGAAUCCUGCUUCCAUCCCGGUCAAUCCCUCAUGGUGCCAUGUGGACGCGCCUACAGCAUCCAAAACGUCACGGCACAGCCUGCAGUGAUGUACUUCACCCGCAUGCUAGCAGAGAGCGCGCACUGAAGUUGUCAGCGAUUAACCAGUUUCUGAGAAACGCCCCGAGUAUGUAAAACUGAAAAGAGGACCGGGGAUGUGCGCCAUUAUUUAAAAUGAUAUUCUGUAUUGAAGUUGUAAAUAUACGUUUCUUUUUUAAUCAACCUAUUUGAUUCUCGGAUGUACUUGUAAUUACACGAUUCUGUUAAAACAAAAAUGAUUGUAAAUAAGGUGCUUGUUGCUCCCAUCUCCAGUGAUUCUCCUGUUUUCAUGUAUUGCUCCCAGCCUCUGAGGGGCAGUGUACAACCGUAUCACAACAUCAACCAGUCAACAACAACAUUUGUAUAUUCCAGGGUAUUGUAUAUUUGUUUUUGCCACCACAUAAACUGUAAUGAACAAUUUGUUGUGAUUCUUAACUACAUUAUAGUAGUAAUACAGUGUAAAAAAAAAAAGAAUCUCCAUUAAAAAUAACAGUAUGUUGUA